AUGCAGAAAAUGGGACAGAGGAAGCUCCUUUGUGUAUCUGCCAUGCUGCUUAACAUCCUCUGUUUAACAUGUGGCAAGAUUUCAGAGUACCAGCUGGAGUCCGAGAGUUUGAGUCAGUGUGAAAAGCUCAGGGCUGUCGGCGCAGCCCAGGAACAUGAGCACAUUCCCCAGUGUUCUGAGGACGGCCGCUUCAGGCAUGCUCAGUGUAAUCUUGGAGGUGGGGAAUGUUGGUGUGUGAAUGCACAGGGACUGGAGAUACCUGGGAGUCGACAAAACGGAUCUAUUGUUCAUUGUUUGACCUCAUGCCAGCUCCAGCGACAGAGGGCACUUCAAAGUGGAGACAGUACAUUGGUGCCUGUCUGCUUGGACUCCGGUGAGUACGAGCAGGUGCAGUGUGAUGCAUCCCGUGGCCAGUGCUGGUGUGUGGAUCAAGAGGGCAUGGAAAUCUAUGGAACCAGGCAGAAUGGAAGACCAUCAAAGUGUCCUGGUGUUUGUGAGGUGAGACAGCGGCGACUUCUUCAUGGUAUCGGAGAGCCCUCUCCCCCACAGUGCUCGGAUGAUGGAGGCUUCUUACCUGUGCAGUGCAAGUUUGUUAACACCACUGAUAGAAUGGUCUUUGAUCUGCUACACAUCUUCAACAAAGAACCAGAGGUAUUUCAGACUUUCAGUGGUUUUAGAAAGGCCUUCCCAGAGCUGUCUAGUUAUUGUUUCUGUGCAGACAGUCGUGGAAGAGAGAUGCCACACACGGGUGUGGAGCUGCUGUUGAAUGAGGUGUAUGACACUGCAUUUUCAGACCAGACUGUAGGAAGCACAUUCUCACAGUCAAACAUGUAUCGAAUCCUACAACGCCGCUACCUUGCUGUCCAGCUGGCCGUGAGCGGGAGAUUUAGAUGUCCCUCCCCAUGUGAGAGUGAAUGGGCUGCAGCUACUCAGGCUGGUAAUUUCGUUGUGCCCUCCUGUACUGAUAAUGGAGAGUAUGUGCCAACCCAGUGUCAGUCUGGAGGUCAGUGUUGGUGUGUGGACACUGAUGGCAAAGAGAUCUUUGGCACACGGCAGUAUGGCGUGCCACAUUGUAGCUCUGGAGUGAAAGACUGCCUGUCUGAGAGGAGACAAGCCAUCUCCAGGCUCUUUUAUGGUCCAGUUGGAGAUUUUAGCAAGUCAAAUGUGUUCUCAGCUUCCAAAGACAGUCGUUUUCUUUUAAGUCAUUGCAGCCCAGAAGUCCAGGAGCUUUUGUCCAACUCUGGUCUUUUGCAGUCCUUGCCAGAAUUGGAACGUCCAAAUAUUGGAGACAUCCUAGCAGAGCUCCUCCAAGGAAUGUUCCCUUCUGGGGCACUUGCCCUUAAAGCACUUGCUCUUGCACCUAAUCCCAAGAGACUCCAGGAGAAUCUCUUUGGAGGAAAAUUCCUCAAAAAUGCUGGCAAUUUCAACUUCAGUGGCUCUCUUGGAACCAGUGGUACAUUGAGUUUCAGUCAAGUAUUCAGUCAAGUUGGUUUGACGCAGGUUGCAAAUGAAUUUAUGCAGUUGGCCAAGAUGUUCUCAGAUGGCUCUGCCAGUCCUAAUCUAGACCAAGAGAUCUCUGAUACCUUUGGCCGUUCUGUGAACCUGAAAAACAACCAAGAUAUGAUUAAAAUUGUUUCCAUGACUCUUGAGAACCAGCAGUUUCUCACUACCCUUCUUGAAGCCAUCAAACAGCUGAAGGCCGAAGAUAGCACCCAGUUGGGUCAACUGUUCAGAGCCAUUUUCCAGACAUCCCAAUCAGAUGUUUGUAAAUCAGUGACUUCCACCUCAACUCUGUACAUGCCCCAAUGUACUGAGGAUGGACGAUACGAGGAAGUGCAAUGCCAAGGCUCAGAUUGUUGGUGUGUGGACUCUCGUGGUCUGGAAAUAAUGGGUUCUCGCUCAACUGGGUUGAGACCGAGGUGCCCCUCCCAAUGUGAGAAGGAACGUCAAAAGGCAAUUGCAGUGAAAGCCAGCAGUUCUGCAGGCUCUGAAGUUUUCAUCCCGAAAUGUGAGGUUGAUGGUGCUUAUGUAGCACGUCAGUGCCUUGGCAAAAGCUGCUUCUGCGUGGACAGAUCUGGAGCAAAACUCAACAUUCAGAGUUCAGGAAGCUCUCUUCAAUGUCCAACAAGCUGCCAAGCCAGAGCAACCCAGCAAUUCCUGUCCACAGUACACUCUGUUCUGUCUGAUCCAUCUUCUGUAAUCCAGUUCUCUGAAGUUUACAUCUCCCGUUGUGCCUCUGACGGAAGCUGGCACCAGAUCCAGUGUGAUGGACCUUCAGAACAAGCGAUUGAGUUUUACCAUGAGUGGAUCCAGAUCAUCAAUGCCGGAAAAGACCUGCCUGUUUCAGACGUUCUUGGAAUUCUGCAAGCAUAUGCAAGAAAUACAGCAGCAAUGGCAUCAUUCCGAGCCUUCGCCUCUGAAUUAUUCAAAGCUGGGCACCAUAAUGUAUUUCCUGCCCUGGCAAAGUUUGAAAAGUUCUCUGAUCUUCCAGCGGACAUUUUAGGUGGGAAUUUUGAGGCCAUUUCUGGACCAUCGGUUUUCCUGAACCCAUUAUCUCUAUGGAGACUAAUCAGAGGAGAAGAUUCUUAUCCAGGCCUGCUGUCAGACUUCAGUGCUCCUAUUGGGAGUUUUCACCUGCGUAAAUGCUGGUGUGUUAACCCUCAAGGAGACAUCCUAGCAGCCAGUAAGGCACCUGUCGGACAAAUCCCCAAAUGUCCAGGCCCAUGCACUGUGGUUCACAGCCAGGUUUCUCAGUUCCUGAAGCAGGCAGAGGAGCUGAUCUCUGCUUCAAACAGCUCACAUAUCCCUGUGGGUUACUCUUUCCUCCAGGCUAACAGUAUUUAUCUGACUCCUGAGGAGUUGGAGCAGACACAUUCCUCAGAGUUUGCCAUCACUCAUUCUCUGCUGAGCAUCACUGACUCAGCGCUGAGACUAGCUGCUCAUUCCACCCUACAUUUCUUCUGGCAGAGCAGGCUAAUGUCCAUUGAGAAAGACAGGCAGAGUUUAGUUUUGGGGUACCAGCCCUAUAUUCCACAAUGUGAUGCUUAUGGUCAGUGGCUGCCCAGCCAGUGUCACCCCAGCACAGGACACUGUUGGUGUGUUGAUGGGAAGGGCACAUACAUCAUGGACUCUCUGACCUCUCGUUCUACACCCCCUCAGCAGUGUCAAACUACAUGCCAAAGGUUCCAAAGUCACUUCCUGCUCUCUGAUUGGACACAAACAAACUCUAAUAACACUCACACAUACAGCCCAUCAUGUGAUGAGGAUGGUGAGUUUUCAUUACAUCAGAAGACCAGUACUGGCCAUUCGUUAGGAUUAUGUGUGAAUCCAGUAACGGGACAAGUAAUCCAACCUGCUAUCUUCAGUCCCUCUGGAGAUUUGCAAUGUCCAGGUUGGUGCACACUACAGAAGACUCUGGCUCUGAAGAGAGAGGUGGGUGUGGGGUAUGAGCCUGAAUGUGUGCAGGAAGGACAUCGGUUCUCUCCCCUGCAGUGUGACCUGUCUGACUGUUGGUGUGUAUCUCAAAGUGGAAAGGAGCUGCCAGCCACACGAACCCCUCGCAGCACAGGACAAAUUCCAUCCUGUGACAUUCCUGAGUGUUCCAACCCAUUUGGCGAAAUAUCCCAUGGUGCUGUUCUCUGUGGCACUGAGGACAUGGCAGGUCAGCAGAGGCAGCGAUGUAAACUGUACUGUGACCAAGGUUACAUCAAUGCCCUUUCUGCCACCAAAUUCCUGUGUGAUCCCCAAGCAAAAAAAUGGCUGAAUAAUGCUCCACUAUCUUAUGCCUGUCAAAGGCCUCAGGCAUUACAGACAGUGCAGGUAUCCUUACAACUGCAGCUGUCUCUGGCUGAGGGUCAACAAGGUUGCCGCUCACAGAGCAUUGAUUUACAGACUGCAUUGCUGCAAGACAUGAAAUCUACAGGCCUUUGCAGCUUGCAGCUGUCCUCAUCUGGCAAGAUCGACUCUGUUGUAGUGUGUGAUGAGUCGUCUGUGUCUCUUGAGUGUUUAAAUGACAAGGAGGUCACUGCACACAUCACCUUUAGGGCCCGCCUCUCUGAUAUGCCAAUGAAAUCACUCCCUGAUCUCCAUGACGUUGAUAAGGCACUUAGUGAGGAAAGGUUGUUGAAUGGUGUGAAGAAAUUAAUCAGAAAUGGAUCAUACCAGUCCAUCUUCAUCUCCGACGGUUCUCUUGCUCUCUCCAGUCCUCCCUCAUUUAGCUGCUUGGCUGGCUAUAAGCAGCUGCCGCAAUACGCUGGGUGUGUGUUGUGUCCAGCUGGUUCCUUCUCUAGUGAUGGUGUGUGUACUCCGUGUCCUCAUGAUACAUUCCAAGCAGAGGAAGGGCAGAUCUUCUGCUCUCCCUGCCCCUUCGGCACCUCCACUGUGGCCCAGGGAGCCUUAAAUCCUUCUCACUGUCUUACUAAGUGCCAGCAGAGUAAUCUGAGUUGUACAGAGAAAGGGGAUUUCCUGUUGGCUCAGAAACACCCCCUGUUUGGCAAAUGGCUAUGUGUCACUCCACAGGGGGAGGAACUUUCCUGGACCUCCUCUGAUGGAUCAAUGACAGUUGAAGAAUGUGAAGUAAUGGAGAAGUUUGCAGUUUUAGCCCCAUCAUCCCUGCUGCUGAACUCAGAAAAUGCUGAUGUACUGAACUCUGAUUCCUCAACCCUACCAAUGGAAACACAGCUUAGGAAAUGUUUGCUUGACUGUGCCAUGGAAGACUUGUGCCAGCAUGUGGCCAUUUUCACCGAUGAAGGGAGAACUCACUGUGACUUGUACAGCACGAGUGUAGAAAAUGUUGAAUGCAAGUCCGCUGAACAAAGUAAAGGGUUUCUGGGAAAUGAUGGUGCUGAGACGUUCCAGACUCUCAACUGUGUUCUGAAAAUAAGAGGAGGAGAUAAACCCAAUCUGAUAGUACUGAGAAAAAAAGGUCAUGAAUUCAGCACAGCGGGCCAGAAGAGUUUCGAGAGGCUGAGUUUCCGUAAGGCUAGUUCUGGAGUGUAUCGGACACUUGUGUUUGAUGCACGUAAAACCAAUCUGGCUGAUGUCCAUCGCUUCUGUGUUAACACCUGCAGCAGUGAAGUCUGCUGUGAUGGAUUCAUCCUUAACCAGAAUGUCCUCAGUGGUGGUUCUAUAAUGUGUGGGCUUCUGAGCUCUCCUUCAGUGCUACAGUGUAGUGAGAAAGACUGGGAUGUGAGCGGCAUUGCCUCGUCCAAUCGAAUCUGUGGGGCUGGCGUCCAGUACAACAAACAGCAAAAACGUUUCACUUUCAACUUUGGAGAACAGAAUUUCACCAUCACUGAUGAAGCUUUACCAGCAUCCAGUAAAAACAAAACGGGUUACCAGGAAACACUCAUCAGCUUCCAACGUGUCUACCUCUGGAAAGAGUCUGAUAUGAGCACACGUCCAAAAAUUCCCUCCUUUUGCAGUGGAUCAGCUUUACUGGAGGAUUCCCGAAUUCCUCUUUCUGACUCAGUCAAGGAGGCUUUCAGUGUUCUUGAGAUUGACAAUGUAAAUGUUGACUCAGAGAGGAAUCUUCCCAGCCAGCUGUACUGGAUCUUUAAACACCAGUACACCAUCCAACAGGCUCAGCUAUGGUGUCUGAAACGUUGCGAGGAAGAAGACCUGUGUUACGUGUCUGAUAUUCGUGAUGAAGGCCCUCUGCAUUUUGUGUGUGUGUUGUAUCCUGACACACGAGUCUGUGGGGCAUAUGACAAACCUCUCAGGCAGGCCUGCAGUCUAGUGUUGGGACAGAGUCCUCAAACUGCAUACCAGAAAAAAGUUUCUUUGACAGGCAGUGUGAAGAGCUUCUAUAGUCGUAUUCCAUUUAAAAAAAUGGUCUCCUACUCUGUACGCAGUAGAGUCAGUUUGUCCAGCAAAUCCAUCACAGAAGGGUUCUUUGAAUGUGAGAGACGAUGUGAUGAAGACCCAUGCUGUCGUGGCAUAGGAUAUGUCCGAGAUUCAGGCGUACCUGGUUCAGAUGUAUUGUGUCUGACUUUGAAUAGCCUGGGUAUCCAGACAUGUGGUGAGAAUGACAGCACUAACUGGAGGACACAGGACUGCUCACCAUCUAAAGUGCAUACUGAAGUUUACCCAUUCGGCUGGUAUGAAAAGCCAGUGAACCAAUGGACAACAUCUCCCAGUGUUUGUCCACGAUUCAGUCUCCGCUCUCCCUCAAAGAAGACUGACAUGAAGAACUGGAAACAGUUAGAUGCCUCCACUGUCCAGGUGGAUUCCUCUGUGGCUUCUUUUGACAUUGUCCACAUAAGCAGAGACAUAGCAGAGGAUCAGGACAAAGUCAGAGAGUGGUGUCUUUCUGCCUGUGAGGAGAGUGAGUCCUGUUCAGCAGUGUCCAUUGAUAACAGAGAGUCCGCCAUGAGAUGUGUAAUGUAUCCAGACACACACACCUGCAUUCCUACAACCAGCGGCCAGCACUGCUUGCUAAUCAUCAAAGAGCCGGCUCAAUCAGUGUACAUAAGGACAGGUUUAAAGACACAUCUGACAUCCAUUUCCAUCCCUGAACAUGGAAUACUCCUUGGAGAGAGUGAAAUGAAAUCGAUAACUAGCUCUGAUAGCAAGCGUGUGACCUACUACCUAGGUGUCCCAUAUGCUCGUCCACCAAUUGGAGAGCUGCGUUUUAGCCCUCCACAGCCAGCUAACUGGACUGGUACCUGGAAUGCCACAUUUUCCCGAUUCAGUUGUCUUCUGCCUGGUGACACCACAGAGUCCAGCUCUAGUGAAGAUUGUCUCUAUCUCAAUGUAUUUGUUCCUAGUAGUGUGGGAAAAGAUGCAUCAGUUCUGUUGUUCUUCCAUAACUCUGGAUCAGGUGUUUUAGAUGGUUCUUACCUCGCAGCGGUUGGCAACAUAAUUGUAGUGACAGCCAGUUUCAGAGUGGCCGCUUUCGGAUUCCUCAGUGCAGGUUCCACUGCUCUGCCUGGGAAUUAUGGGCUGCAGGAUCAGGCAGCCGUACUGGGUUGGGUUCAGAAGAACAUUGCUCUGUUUGGAGGAGAUCCCACUAAAGUCACCUUGGGGGCAGAGAGAAACGGAGCCGACAUUGCAAGCCUUCAUCUCACCUCACCAUCAGCUUCAUCACUCUUUCGAAGAGCUUUACUAAUGGGUGGAUCAAUUUUCUCGCCAGCUGUUGUGAUGAGUACAUCUAAAGCCCAGGCUCAAGCUGCAUCUCUAGCCAGAGAACUUGACUGCUCUCCCUCUGACAUUGCAAAGCUACUGACCUGUCUGCAGAGCAAAUCAGCUCAGAGCAUUAAUGCUGCCCAGACAAAGUUGUUAGCUGUUAGUGGUCCCCUAAAGGCCUGGUUACCAGUGGUUGAUGGAACAGUACUUCAAGAAAAGCCUGUUGUGUCCCUUCAGUCUGGACGCUUCCACAGAACAGAUUUACUUCUGGGGUCAUCAGCUGAAGAUGGCCUCAUAAGCAGAGCCAAACACAUCAAGAAUUUUGAGCAGCUUCAGGGAAGGGCUGACAGUAAGACGGCUUUCUACGAGGCCUUGUCGAACUCUCUGGGUGGAGAUGAUGCUAAUGCAUUUGUUAAGGACGCAGCAACCUGGUUCUACUCUUUGCAACACUCCCCCUCACCCUCAGGAUACAAUGUUUUCUCUCGAGCUCUGGAAAAUGCUACAAGAGACCUUUUCAUCAUCUGUCCAGCUGUGAACAUGGCUGAAUUCUGGGCAACUAAUACCCAGUCCAAUGUUUACCUGUACAACCUUCCUGAGGACACCGCUCACAACAGUGUUGAUCUGUCAACUCCUAUGGAUGUGCUAUACCUCUUUGGAGUUCCUCUUGCCCCAGAAAUGCAUGACCUCUUCAGCUCCAAUGAAAGGACACUGACCCUGCAGAUCAUGAACUACAUGGCAAACUUCAUAAAGUCUGGAAACCCCAACCUGCCUCUUGCUGUGUCUAGGACAUCCUUCAGUAAGUUUUUGCCCCCUUGGCCUCAGUUCAUGCCACACUCAGGGGGGCGGGGCUAUAAGGAGCUGUCCCUUAUGCUCAGUAACCUCAAGAAUCUUCAGAGCCCUCAAUGUUCAUUUUGGUCUCAGUACGUGCCUGCUCUGAUCACUUCCACCGCCACACUGUCUUGUGGGACAUCAGUGGGAGAUGCUGGAGGUAUUCAAACUCCAACCAAAGGGCCGAUAUCGCUCGCAAAAACCAGCUUCUUUCUGACUCCAAGCAAUCCUAAAUCUGAGAAAGAUGCUUACAGUUAAGAGUCACAAAGAUUUACAGAUUUCCUUCUAAUUUCUGUUCCAGAGCCAAACUCAGCAGUCUGACAUGUAAUUUCUGUAGUUCUGUCUCAUGUAAAUGUAUUGUGAUUUAUGAAUCAAUGAA